AUGUCUGUGGCCAUCGCCGGCUCAGUCUUCGAGCUUCUGAAAAGACAAUCUGAGGAAGAAGAUCCUGAUGCACCCGAUUCAUCGCAGAAGGAAAUAUUCUCAUCAUGGGCUCUCUUCAUUUUGAUUAUGCUAUUGAUUGCAGCUCUUUUCACAAGUUACAUGCUUCAGAUCAAGAAAGUUGAAGCUGUUCACGAAACUUCUAUUUCGAUUUUUGCUGGUAUGACCAUUGGUUUGAUCCUUCGAGUCAGCGCCGGAAAUUCCAUACAAAGCCUUGUGAGCUUCGAUGAUCAGAUAUUCUUCAAUCUUCUCCUACCACCGAUCAUAUUAGCAUCCGGAUACGAAUUGCAUCAAGCGAAUUUCUUCCGCAAUAUAGGGACCAUUCUUACGUUUGCUUUUGCGGGAACCUUCAUAUCAGCAAUUGUGCUAGGAGGGGUAUUGUGGUUAUAUACAAGAAUACCCCUCGAUGGGGUGAGCAUGACAUUCGUCGAUGCCAUAUCUGUUGGAGCAACACUUUCUGCCACCGAUCCUGUCACAAUUCUAGCGAUCUUCAACACCUACAAGGUCGAUCCCAAACUUUAUACAAUCAUCUUCGGUGAAUCCAUUCUCAAUGAUGCUAUCGCAAUCGUCUUGUUCGAGACAGCACAAAGAUACAAAGAGGGUGGUAAUGCAGGAACUUUGGGCUUCCUCAGCUUGUUUGAAGGUGUAGGCAUUUUCUUGGCAGUUUUCUUUGGAAGUUUGAUCAUUGGAAUCAUCAUAGGAAUUGUUACAGCUUUGGUAUUGAAGUACACAUACGUCAGGAGGUUUCCAAAGAUUGAAAGCUGUCUAAUUGUAUUGAUUGCCUAUGCUAGCUAUUUCUUCUCGAAUGGCCUUCACAUGUCUGGAAUCGUCACACUUUUGUUUUGUGGGAUCACACUAAAGCAUUAUGCAUACUACAACAUGUCUCGCCGAACACAACUUACUACUAAAUACCUGUUCCAAGUUCUUGCGCAAUUAUCGGAGAAUUUCAUUUUCAUUUACCUCGGAUUGUCUUUAUUCACGGAAAAGAAUCUACAAUUUAAGCCGCUCUUCAUUAUAGUUACGGUCAUUGGUAUUUGCGUAGCUCGAUAUGCAGCCGUUUUUCCACUCUCGAGACUCAUCAAUUGGUUCCUCAGAUAUCGCGCAAAGAAAAGAGGACUGGAGGUUGCAGACGAGUUACCCUACAAUUAUCAAGCAAUGUUGUUCUGGGCCGGAUUACGUGGAGCUGUAGGUGUCGCAUUGGCAGCUGGAAUGACUGGCGAGAAUUCAUGGGCUUUGAAAGCGACCGUCCUCGUGGUUGUGGUGCUUACGGUUAUUAUUUUCGGUGGGACUACAGCGCGCAUGUUGGAAAUCCUUGGCAUUCGUACUGGAGUAGUCGAGGAAAUCGAUAGUGAUGAUGAGUUCGAUAUUGAAGCUAUUUCGGGAGGAAACUAUUAUAAGCACGCCGGAUCAGGAAUUGGCAACGAUCCAAGACAAAGCAAUGGAGCAAUGCCACUUGAUGGCCUAGGACAUCGUAGAGGACCAGAACGUGGAAGCUACGCAAGCGGGAACGCUAGCCCAGACGCUAGGCCAUCAAGCAUGAGCCGGAAGAAUUCAAAUGCAAAUGGGAGAAAAGAGAACGAGAUUGAGCAAGAUCUUCUUGGUAGAACGGGUAGUACAAGUGAUGAAGGCUUUGAUAGCGAUUCAUCUGAUCUUCCACCACCAGCCAAUCGACCACCGAAAAGGAGACCAUCACCACCACCUCAAGACAGUAGUGACAUGGGAACACCUUAUCCUACUUCAGGUAUUUCGAGUCGUCCGGAAGCACCACAUAUUACUGCAUCGGGCGCAAUCAGUCAGCUGUUACAUGGCACUGCUGAAGAUCAUGCGGCAUGGUUCAAACAAUUAGAUGAAGGAUUCAUCAAACCAAAACUACUUCUAGAUGUAGGUAAGGGUCCUCAUGGUGGUUCAAGCGGGAGUUAG